CUAUUUUCUAUUAAACCCCACUUUUUUCUUCCCCAAUCCUUUGAAAUUACUACACUUACUUUUACUUGCUUGCCUCCAUUUUCAACCAAUUAAUCCAAUAAUAAUCCACCUCUCAUCUCUCUGAUUCUUCUGCCCUUUAAUCAUUCUCCCCAGUGUCUUGCUGGCUCUGCUCAUUUGUCCCUCAGAGUUUCUAAUUCUCUAUGCGAUUUCCAAUAUGGUUUGAGUGAUCCAGUCAUCAACAAAAUCUGUUCUUCAAAACCCAGGAUACGACGAUUUUGAUUAUAAUUCAAUCAGAUGGAUUCUCCGGUGGCCGGAAACCGCCAUCAGAGCUUAAGCAGAACUAGAACAAUGGAGAAAAAAGAUGAUACAUCGUUACAUAUUGCAAUUAGAGCAGGGGAUAUAAAUUCAGCUGUGGAAAUCUUAAGUAGCACAGAUGAACAAAAAUUGAAUGAAUUGUUGUCGAAGACCAAUCAAUCAGGCGAAACCCCUCUUUAUGUUGCAGCUGAAUACGGUUGCGUUGAUUUGGUGAGAGAGAUGAUGAAGUAUUACGACCUUGAGGCAGCUGGUAUCAAGGCCAAAAGUGGGUUCGAUGCCUUCCAUAUCGCAACCAAACAAGGAGAUCUUGAGGUAUUAAAAGUUCUUAUGGAAGCACAACCCGAGCUUUCAAUGACAUUCGAUCAAACAAACACAACCGCAUUACACACAGCUUGUGAACAAGGUCAUAUUGAGGUGGUGAAGUUUCUUUUGGAGAAAAAUAGUAGCAUGGCUACAAUCGCAAAAAGCAACCUUAAAACCGCUUUACAUUCAUGUGCAAGAAAGGGCCAUUUGGAAGUGACGAAAGCACUUUUGGAAAAAGUGCCUGAAAUUGCCACUAGAGCUGAUAAAAAGGGACAAACGGCACUUCAUAUGGCUGCUAAAGGGCAAAAUGUGGAUAUUAUUAAUGAACUUGUUGCGGUUGAUAAUGGAUUAAUAAACAUGGUUGAUAAAAAGGAGAACACUGCGUUGCAUAUAGCUACACGAAAGGGUCGCAAAGAGAUUGUUCUAGCAUUACUAAACCACAAGGAAAUAAUCAACAAAAACACAGUCAACAAAUCUGACGAAACUGCCCUCGAUACAGCCGAAAAAUUACGCCGACCCGAAAUCGCGACAAUUUUACGCGAACACGGAUUCGUAAAUUCAAAAUCAAUGAAAAAAACCGCGCCAUUGACUUCAACCGCUCGCGAACUCAAACAAACCGUAAGCGACAUCAAACACGAAGUGCAUGACCAACUCGCGCACACCCUCAAAACUCACAAAAGAGUCAAAGGAAUCGGAAAACGAAUCAACAAAAUGCACCACGAAAGCCUAAACAACGCGAUAAAUUCAACAACCGUUGUCGCCGUCUUAAUCGCUACAGUCACUUUUGCAGCCAUAUAUCAAUUACCCGGUCAAUACGUUGAUGAUUCAAACCAAAUCCCUAAGGGUUUCACUUUGGGUGAAGGAAAUAUCGCUUCGAGUCCCGAGUUUAUUGUUUUCUUGCUUUUUGACUCGCUUGCUUUGUUUAUAUCGUUGGCGGUGGUGGUGGUUCAGACCUCGAUUGUGGUGGUGGAGCGGCGGGCGAAAAAACAGGUGAUGGCGAUUAUUAAUAAGUUGAUGUGGUUGGCGUGUGUUUUUGUUUCGAUUGCGUUUCUUGCGCUUUCGUUUAUUUGUUGUUGGAAAUGAGAAGUGGUUGGCGGUUGGUGUCACGGUUAUUGGGUCGUUGACUUUAGCUUCGACUUUAGGAACAAUGUGUUAUUGGGUGAUUAUGCAUCGGAUUGAGGCUAAUAAUUUGAGAAGUAUUCGUCGGUCUGCGAGGAGUAGUAAGUCGCUUUCGGGAUCCGUGUCAGGACAGUCAGAUUCGGAGAACGAUGAUUUCAAAAAACUGUACGCAAUCUAAAAGCAUCAACAACAAUAACCAUAGCAACACCCAGUCCCGUUAGAAUGGGGUAGGGGAGGUGAGAUGUAGGCAGUCAGUACCAGAGAGUAGGACUGCUUACAUGGAUGGCCACCAUCGUGGUAUUAUUAUUAUUAUUAUAGUGUAAAUGCAAAUAAAAUACUGGAUUUUGCGGGAAUAAAUGAUUUUGGGAAAAAAUCGUUUGUUUUUGCGAAGUCUGAGUGUUCUUUUCGUAUUUUAACGAUUACGAUGGUUAGUUUAGAAUGGGGAGGUAAUAUGAUGAUUUUAAAAACCGAUUACUAUUUCGGUUAUAUUUUUGCAAUUUAUUUUGCUACUUGUAUUGAACCAACUACCGGGUCAUAUGUAUAUAUAUUUGCAGGUGAUAAUGUGAUGUGUAAAAUAGUGG